AGGAGCAAAAGCUAGACCACUAGCCUACAUGGAUACCAUUUCACAGAAAUAAAUGUUCUAAUAAUGAAUGUGUGAAUCUUUAAGGAGUAAAGUAUGAAUCUGUUAAUUGUUCAUUGUUAGUAACUUGUAACUUUAUUCUCGUUUUUUUUGUUUUGAAGAGGUUUCACCAGAGGAACCAUGGAGAAGGACAGAUGUCUCUCUAUGGAUUUGUUCCUGCAUGUAUCUCUGGUUCCCUCGGUGUUGAUUGUGGCAGCGCUCUCCUUUCUGCAGCACAGAAAGAGGAGCCAGCCAUUUGAGGAGAGAUUUCCUUACCUACGAGGUCGAUUCGGCAUUGUGGUGCCGUUGGAUUUUAUUGACAGUAUGAGUAAUCGAUGGUCGUACGGGUUUGCGUUUGGUGCUGUUACUCCCAGUGUACUGCAGCUUUUCUCUGAAUCCUACACCCCAGUUCCAGUACCAAACUGGGCUAAAGCUUUCGUGUAUCUGGCCGGGGCACUGGAAGUGGGCAUGGCCUACCUGCCGUUCUUUCUAUGUCUGUCUACUACACACCAAUCACUUGGGGGAGUUUUGGGCCUGCUGUACACACAUGGCUGGUUGAUCGUGAGAUUAUGGGACAUUAUUACGUGCCCUGGAGGUCCGGUUCUAGGGCAUUAUGAGAAGGUUAUACUGCAGUGGCCUUGUGUGCUAAGUUUAUGUUUUCUAGUUGGACGAUUCUUCACAAUGCUGUUCAAGAACAUCCGAAUUCGUCUACAGUCACAAAAUGAACAGGUACAAGAGGAAAGGCUUAUCCAAUCUAAUCAAUACAAAUAUGUUCAGACGCUACUGAUAUGCAGUCCUCAACGGUCAGUACAGAAGAACUGGUUCAGACAGAGAGUGUAUGACUGGGAUCCUUAUUUUAAAUUUCCCAACAGAAUGAUAGGAACCUCCAUUAUCUCUCUCAUCGGCCUCUACAUGAUGACCCUGGCAGACUUCAGUGUAAGUGGACAUGUGUUCCAGAAUCUCGUAUCAGUGAUCGAAUCUCUGGAGGAAUUAAAUAACAACACCAAAAAUCUGUCCUCUGCUCUACUGUCAAUUACUCAAGAGUUCAGCCAUGUAGCCUGGAAGUCAUGGGUUUUCACAACACCGUUUGCUUUCCUGACCUCGGUUACCUACACAUUUCAUGUGUUAGCAUGUUACAGGAAGCACAUUAAGCGGUUGUGGGCGGGGCAGAAGAACUUCUUGCCAGAGAAGUACCACAAACCAACAUCUGCUGUUAGCGUGGCGGCUAUUACUCGGUAUUCAGGCUGGCAGAUUGCCUUUACACUCUGGGGUUAUCUGAUUGUGCACUUUGUACAGUUCAUAUUUGCACUGCUUUUUGUGUAUCUGAUUGUGCUGCCCAUUCAGAAGGGAGGAUUCCUGCACUGGUUCACAAGCUUUCUCAUCUUACUGCUGACUAUCUUUAUUGUGAUCGCUCUGGUGGUGCUGCAAAUUCUUCUGGUCCAGAUAUGCUUCCUGCAGGACAAACUUGAACCUGAGGAUAAAGAUAAGCCAUUAGCGCUCAACAACAGGAAGGCCUUCCACAACUUUAACUAUUUUUUCUUCUUCUAUAAUGUCAUCAUGGGGCUGAGCAACUGCAUCUUAAGGCUGCUCAACAGUUGCAUUGUGGGUACUUGGCUUGUAUCACGCAUCGACCGGACCAUCAUGCAGCGAGGCUAUGAGUCUUUGGAUCCAGGCUAUCGGACAUGGGUGGGUAUGAUAAUGGCAGAUAAUCAUCACAGCAACCCAGUGCUGAUUUGUUUCUGUCACCUGCUGCUUAAACAAACUUUGGAGCGACAAAGGACAUCAAAUUCUUACUCACAGUUUGACAAUGCAGAUUUGCAUCAAGGUGGCAAGAAUCGUACUCGCUGGCUUCUUUUCUAUACUCUGCUUAAAAACCCAAAACUCAUCCUACUAAGGAAGAGACACCAAAAUGACAUUCUUCAUAGCAACCAGGACCCACUGGAGAUUGCCCGGGUUAUGACAUCACAAAUCAAGUAUACAGAUUCACUAGUCAACAUGAUGAGUGUUUAGAACUUUUGAAAACAAUAGGUCACUAAACUACAAAAAAUAGAGAUAAAACUGAAAAAAAGAAUCAUUAAUGACACAUUUUGAAGAGAAUUCCUGUAAGAUUCAUUCUAAAAUGUGAAAAGUUGUGGCAGAGAAUUUUAAAGGAAGGUGGUUUAAGGCUAGACAAUGUAUCAUAAGAAAGAGUAGCUGGAAAAAUGUCAACAUAUCAAUAGUUAUUACAGUACUAGCUUAUCAGCUAACAAUUGUUUCAUGCAGUUAAAUUGGCCCUAUCUGUUUGAUAAAGAGAGAUCAGCUGCAGUCAAGCAUGAUCACUAAUGAUAAAUUAUGGUGCUAAGUCACAACAUGUAAUUACAUUAUAAAACUUUCUACACUAUCAAAUUAUUCAUCAAAUUUGCUGUACGGUACAUAUAUAUCUUCAGCCAGCAAGAAAACUUACAAUAAACUUAUGAAAGAAA